AUGCAGCUGUCGGGCGGCCGGCACCACGACGACGCCGUGCGCCCUGUCCACCGGCACCGCAUUUCGAUGAAGCUGGCCGGGCUCACGUCCCAAGCCGACGUGCGGCUGACGAGCUUUGUCGCGCUCCAGGCCGAGAUGCAAAAGCAAAACAUGGAGGCGCCGCCGACACUCCACGAAAUGCACAAGCGGCGCUCGACGCAGGUGUCGAUGCGCGAGGUGUUUGCAUCGGACGUGACGCGCCGCGCGUCGGGUGAUGCGACGGCGAUGCAGCUUCGGCAAAAAGGCAAGAAGCACUUGCUACCAAGCGCGUCGCACCGCAGUCGCACGCUCAAGAAGCUCCACGCGAUGCCCCGCUGGUGGCACAUUCACCGGUAUUUGGAGUCGACGGCGCCGUUUCGGUGGCGCUGGGACAUUCUAAUGCUCGUUCUCCUCUUCUACACGGCGCUCCUCGUCCCGUACGAGAUUGCAUUUGUGACCGAGACGUCCGUGACUGCGCUCUCGGUGCUCAACAAUAUCGUCGACGUUUUCUUUUGCCUCGACAUGCUCUUCAACUUUGCCACGCCGUACGUCGACAAGGAGACGAACGCAGUGAUCGACGAGUACGGUCUCGUGGCCCAGCACUACUUGCGAGGCUGGUUCCUUAUCGAUUUUGCGUCCAUUUUCCCGUUCGAGACGCUCUCGUCGAGCGACAAGAGCAGUACUGAUCCCGAUGCACCGUCGACGGCCGCGCCCUCGAACCGCCUCGUUGUGCUGCGCAUCCUUCGCAUCCUUCGCAUCAUGAAGCUCAUGCGCGUCUUCCGCGCCAACCGCAUCGUCGCGCGCUGGCAAGCGCGCCUCGACUUUCCCAUCGCACUCUCCAAGCUCAUUUCGUUUACCUUUGGCAUCCUCGUUCUCGCCCACUGGCUCGCGUGCGUAUGGGGCACGACGCCUCAGUUUCAGCACAACCUCGACGCGUUUGGGAAUCUUCAAGAUUGGACCGUCGCGUACGGCAUCAACGGCAGCGCCCCCCCGACGCAGUACAUUGCCUCUCUCUAUUGGUCCGUCAUGACGAUCGGGACGAUCGGGUACGGUGACGUGUCGGUCGUCACCUCGGUCGAGCGCAUGAUUGCGAUCCUCUGCAUGAUCAUUGGCUGCGGCAGCUACUCGUUCAUCAUUGGCUCCAUUUGUGGUCUGGUCUCGGGUCUGAGCGAAGCCACAACCGAGUUCAACCAGAAAAUGGACCAUCUCAACAUGUACAUGGCCAAAGAAGACUUACCGCAAGAGAUGAAGAUCAUGUUUCGAGAAUACUUCUUGCAUAUGCGCGACCAAAUGCACCACAAGUACUUUGCGCACGCGCUCGACACGCUCUCGCCCGGCCUCCGCGGCGAGAUUGAAGUGUACACGUCGGGCGAAUGGAUCCACCGGAUCCCGUUCUUUGUCGGCGGCCCGACGUCCCAGCACAUUCGGUUUGUGACUGCUAUCACGCAGCGCUUGGAGCCGAUGCUGUACCCGCCCAACGAGGUCAUGAUCCACAUGGGCGACGCGACCGACGUCUUGUACAUCAUUUCCCGCGGGCUCGUCGCCCGACUCGGACGGCUCUUUGGGAAAGGCCAUUUUGUCGGCGAAGACUUUGUACUCAACCAUGGCGUCCGGCACUACGAGGUGCGGACGUUGACGUACGUCGACACGCUCGCACUGCGCCGAGACGACUUGAAUGCGGUCCUGGAGACGGGCACGUUUCCGUUCAAGAAGGCGCGGAUUCGCCGGGCGUCCAUUCUGCUUGCGAUUGCGCGCAAGAUGGAGUACCUCCUCGACGAGCUGCGCUACAAGCGCAACCGACCGACGUACAACUGGAGCGCCGCCCAAGAGUGCGAGUGGUUUCGCGCGCACCUCUUCAACGCAGACGCUGCGAGCAUGCGGACUGAGAACCGGUCGGUCGUCCACGCCAUCAAGCACACGCAAGUCGCGCUGGCGGCCCUCGACCGCAUCGGCCACCUCGACAGCUCCUUGCGGGACCGCGAUGAUUUUUAUGCCAUCACCAUGGCCAUCCAGACGAGCCUCUCGAUGCUCUCGAACGCCAUGCACACAAACCCAGGCGCGUCGUGA